UAUUGCAUCCCUGCCGCCAAACUAUCCAUUAGGGUUUUUCAAUUUAAAAAUUGGGGCUUUUCCAUUUUCUUCACGUGAUCCUCUGGGGCUUGGAACACUGACUGAAUUGGUAAACUUUUGUUCUUCAAGAUUCAAUAAAUUUAACCCUGAUCGUGCACUGAAUUUGAUAUUGGGGGCGUCUAAUCAGAGCAACACAAAGCAAUCAUGGAUGUUGAUUCGCAACCAAUGAUGGAGGAAACUAUUUUGGUCGGUGAUGAUCUUAUGAUGGGGCCUCCAUCACCACUCAUUCCACCAGAAAUUGCCUCUCAUGUACUCGAAGGCGUUGAUUUGUGUGAUGGGAUAUUGAGGAACCUAUUUUUGUGUUUGCAAAUCAAUGAUAUUGAGCCAUUUUGUCAGGAUGAGAUUGCUCUAUAUCGGCAAUGUGCAGAGAAAAGGGAUAAGGAACUAAGGGAACGACUUCAAGAUAGUGAGCGCAAAUUGGGGUCAACUAUGCCUUUAGAUGAAGCAAACGAAAGAGCGGCUCAACUAGAAUCAGAAGUCACAUCAUUGGAUAGGCGCUUAAUUCUGGCCAGUGGAAUUGAAGGCAUGGAUGGAUUUCGCCAGAGAUGGAGUUUACAUGGUCACCUCACAGAUACCAAGAGAAGGUUGGAGGCCUUGAAGAUGGGAAUGGAAAAGAGAAAAAAGGAUGAGCCCGUUGUUGGAGUUGUCGGAGGUUCUACAACCAAAAAAUGGUUCUUUUGGUGAAAGUUAUUGCUGCUUUGUCUACUAUAUGAACAUCUGCUCUUGUGGUAAUGGUGGAAGUUGGAGGUUCUACAGUAUCACAAAAUGUAUACUCACUGACCGUUUUGUGAUGAAGCCUCUUGUGGGGUGUACUAAAGCAGUGAAGCAUAUUUUGCCUCAACAGGAGGCUUGGAUAUUGUGACAAUUUUUGUAUGCCUUGUUCGAAAGUGAGCAAAUAGGACUAGUUGAAUUUUCUCAGUUGUCAAACAUUAUUGGAUGUAUUUAGAUUUGAUUUGUUCUCAGUUGUCUAUUUUAUUCCUCUUUUUUAUGGCUCAUAACCUUUUUCUUUUUUCUUUUUUCUUUUUUCUUUUUUGUCCAAAUUUAUUGUCAUUCGCUGAUUUAUGCUGUGGCUUGGAAGUAACCCCACGAGAAAUUUGACUGAGGCUGUAUUUGGAUCUUGAAUUUAUUCCUCUAAUUGUAAAUUAGCUUCUUUAUUUUGCUAA